AUGCAGCUAACGACAUUGAAUCACCUCUUAUCCAGUAUUUUCUCUCCAAAGUAUCAUCGUCGCCAUGCUCCUCUUACACAGGAGCACGAUUUUUUCUUUAUUUCGUCGCAGAAAACACUGUUGAGUUAUGUACAAGCCUGGUCGGCUUAA